GCCACAACAAACCAAUAGACGUAGAUAUAGAUAUGGGGAAAUUCAAAGUAGAUUUAAAGCUCAUCAGCGAUUUGUUCAUAUUGGCAGGAGCUGGACUUUCCGUCUAUUAUAUUAUAAACACUUUAAUCAAUGAUUAUAUAGAUUCUCCCUCAAUAAAGAACAAAGAAAAUGAAAAGAAAGGCAGCGGGAUAUUGAAAAAGAUUCAAAGUUCUAACCCUCAUCUCAAAGAUAUCUCCCUUAAUCAAUACGAAAAGUCAUUAUUAAACUGCUUAGUUAUACCCGACGAUAUCUCCGUCAGUUUCAAUGACGUUGGUGGAUUACAGGAUAUCAUUGAUGAAGUGAGGGAAGCAGUUAUAUUGCCCUUGACUGAACCAGAAUUGUUUGCUACCCAUCUGAGCUUGAUUCAAUCUCCUAAGGGUGUAUUGUUCUAUGGCCCUCCAGGAUGUGGUAAAACCAUGUUGGCUAAGGCAAUUGCCAAAGAAAGUGGAGCAUUUUUCAUUCUGAUUAGAAUGUCGACAAUUAUGGAUAAAUGGUAUGGCGAAUCCAAUAAGAUUGUGGAUGCUAUAUUCUCACUUGCAAAUAAGUUACAACCUUGUAUUAUAUUCAUUGACGAAAUUGAUUCCUUUUUGAGAGAUCGUUCCAGUAAUGAUCACGAAGUUAGUGCAUUAUUGAAAGCUGAGUUUAUGACCCUUUGGGAUGGGUUGAAAUCAAAUGGUCGAAUUAUGGUGUUGGGGGCAACCAAUAGAAAAAAUGAUAUUGACGAAGCCUUCUUGAGAAGAAUGCCAAAGACAUUUGCUAUUGGGAAACCCAAUGCCCAGCAGCGUAAAGCAAUUUUAACCAAGAUGUUACACGAUGCCAAUUUGGAUUCCAAUUUCGAUUUGGAUUAUAUUGUCAAACAUACUCAGAACUUCAGCGGAUCUGAUUUGCGGGAAAUGUGUCGUGAAGCUGCAAUUUUACCUGUUCGUGAAUACAUCAAAGAGAAUUACAAUUACAAGAGUGGGAAAUUGAGCCGUGAUGAGAAUGACGCUUUGCCAGUACGGCCAUUGAGAACUAAUGACUUUGUCAAGACUUCUGAUGAUAUGAUUACGUCAUCCAUGGAUUAGUUGUAUUUAUUUGUAUUUAGUAGGAUCAUCCCUAAUAGAUAAUCCCCGAGUGAGAAUUAUUGUAUUACCCGGACUUUAUUCUUCUGCAGUUUUCCCACUGCAAAUUUUUUUUUUCAAACUCAAUUGAAAUAUCGUUACUUUCUUCUUC